AUCGCUCCUAACGAGUGUGGUUGAUCUUUUUUCAGCACAAUGUUACGAUUUAAAGGCUAGUAAACAUGAUGGAAUUGGUUUCGAGAACUGGUGAAACUUAAAAAACGAUGUUUUGUGCUGAAGACGAUGAUGCAACAUUAAAAGCUUCUGUUGUCCGUCCAAACGAUGUUCUUGAUAUCGAAGUUUCACCUAUAGCUGGUUUACCCCCAACUUGCUUGUCUACCAGUAAUGACUUAACAAAAAACGGGGCAAAAUUGAAAGUCAAAGAGAAGCGAGUCACUAAAGGCAAUAUUACGAAGAUAUCAAGCCCAAUGAAACGCGGAGACCCCUUUUUACCGUCAGUUUUCUCUGACGAAAAUCCUAUAGCUGAUUAUACAAUUAAAAAAAAUUCUCGCAAAAAACCUUCCGAUUGUAAAUGUAAAGGGUUUGGGUACAACCUCAGUCCAAGUGCCUUGCUACCGGAAGAGAUGAAGCAACAAUGGGGUGUUGGCAUGUUCGGAAAGCCAUCUCUUGUUAAACCGAAUACGAGUGUUUCCAUUAGCAAUACAAACGUACCCAUACCAACUGUGGCCAACAACAAAGAAGGGGAGCCAAAGUUGAAUCAGAUUAGCUUGAACAGGACCAGUUCGGGGUGUCCUAGCAGUAAAUGUGUCAUGAGGUGUAAAGUUUGUUCAAAGGACCCGUGUCUUUGUAUCGACAUUACCACCACACAUGAGGGGUUUCGAGUUCCAGACUCAAACGACAGGAGGAAGCAAAAAACAACAGCUAAACCGACCAGUUUCAAGUGUAAGGAGACGAAGAGCCCAGGGCCUAUCAUACUGGGGAGCACUAACAAUGCUCCUGUGUUGAAGAGGAUCGCUUGUUACAGCAGCAAAGACAACAGUAAUAUCAUCAGCACCAGUAAUUUUAAUAGAAAUAAUACAAACUCUUUUAAUGGGCACACGCCAUUGCCAUCUGAUGUGAAUUGUUUUAAAAAUACAAUCCCUGUGCAGCAAAACAGCUUGGGAGGCAAUCGGUGCCAGAACUUAAAUGGAAAUGUUUCUUGUAAUGUUAAAAGUUAUUGCUGUACAAGUUGUGAUGAUGACCCACGAGAUCUGGCACCAAAGGCCAGACAUCGUCCCCCGUCAAUGGUACCGAAGCGUCUUCUAGCAAAUAUCACACCAUCGACAAUGCUUUCCAACAGCAGUAUGAGCAGCAGCAACAGCAGCGGGUAUGAUGCUAAAAAAAAUUAUUCCCGUAACGCAGCUCAGAUGCUAAUGCUGGGCACACAGUGUUGUAAGUGCGACAGCUGCAGACGUCGAGCUAGUCUCAUGUCCAGAAUGGAGGCUUUACGUUUCUCCUCCUCUCACGCUCAACAAAUGUUUUCCCCAUUUUUGUAUGCAGCUUCCCAGAAGUAUCAACCAGUUUCUAUGCAGCCCUCGUUAUCGACACCCGGAAGAUAUGCUCCUUACACCGUGCCCAAUUACGGGUACACGCGUUCCACUGGAAGUGUUUACCGUUCUCCCGAACAAUACCGAUGUUCUAGUCCAUCAUAUUAUGAUUACGCCGAUAUUCCCAGCAUCAGACAGCCAUUUUCAACAACACCCCUCUCCAUGGUUCAUGAAAUAAACAAAAUUGACAACUCUUACAUAGACAGUGAAAAUUCUUUGCCCUCCCCGCCAUCUGCUGCAUUUGUAGAGGAUAUUACGGACUUAUCCAUUCAGGACACGGUGGAUUUCUUUGUAAGUAUGAAAUCCCCAUUUGUGAACUCUUCUCCUUCGCCUGUAUCGGAUUCAAGCUCCGCUGCCUAUACAUCUCUCUCUCCGAUUGAUCGAUGUCCGACUUCGCCACCAAUCUUUAACAACGUGCCAUCCUCGUGUUAUUGUAGCACGGGUAUGUGCUCGUCGUCCUACUCGUUACCCCAUUUCAUGCGAGAAAUUAACUAUAGUGAGCCACCCAGUCACAAAUUCACCACACACGAAGCGACGUCACAACCAAUGUCUUUACUGUAUUCAUCCUUAGCGUCAGAUUUGGAGGAUGAACUCCAGUGUGCAAUAGAAAAUAUUCCAACUGGUUAGUGUUAAGCACUGAUCCCUAAGAAAAACGCGACCCUAUAUUAUAUUUUCAAGUGUACAGCGUGGACCCAUCAAUACCUUGCCCCAAUGUAAACUAGUGUUUGUAAACUAAUUAUUUGAUUAAGCAUUAAAUGGGUAGGAAGCAGCAGGCGGUUAAUAGAACAGUAUAUAAUCUGAUGAAUUAACAAUCUAGAUAGUUGAUUAUUUUAUAUAAAGUGUGUUUUAAGUUCAACUACAUUUUCUAUUUCUAUAUUUUUAACAUUUUAGUAUUUUGUUCACUCAACAAAUUAGCACCUACAUACUACAGACAUGUUGGGCUUUCAUUCAAUCAUAAUUGUAUUUAUUCAAAUGUUCACCAUUCAUUUACUGGUUUCAUGUAAUACUUUCUUGAUUUUUGCAUUUAAAUAGAUUCUAAAUUACUCAUAUCAUUGACUUGAUGUAAAUUAUGACAAAAGUUAUGUUUUUAAAAUGCCACAAUUAACCUACGUAUUUAAGGGGAGUGACUGUCAUUUCAAUUGUUGCCAUGUAAUCUGUGUGUAGAAUAUAUCUAUUCUAAUAUGGUAUAUUUUUAAUGCCAGUAAACUUAAUGCUCAUGUAUUUUGUCUUUCAAUAAAUUUGUAUGUUUUAAAAAACUAGAGCUCAAGGUUGAGUUAAAAAUAAAGGUAAUAAUUAAAGAACAAUGAUAUAGAAACAUUUUUAAAUUGUAUGUUGAUGUUUA